UAUUGAAGGCUUGCCUUGUUCCUCAGGUCAGCAGGUUAGGUGGCGCCGGAGAAGGUAGAAAGACAGCACGGAGAGAGCUAGGCCGGAGGGGGCUGUCAUGGUCGGGUUCGGAGCCCCGAGGCGGACGGGCCGCCUGCCCCCCUUCGUGCUGGUUGCCCUGCUAGUGGUGAUCGCCCUGCUGGCCUUUAACUACUGGAGCGUGUCCAGCCGGCAGGGCGCGCUGCUGGAGGAUCUGUCGGCUCUUCAGGAGCAGGUGCAGCGCACCGAGGUGGCCCGGAGCCGGCUAGAGAAGAGGCACUCCGAUCUUAUGGUGCAGGCCGAGAGCGGGCGGAGGCAACUGGAGCAGCGACUGGGAGAGUAUCAGAAUGUGGAGGAGCGGCUGCAGGCCCGGGACCUGGAGGCCCAGCGCUGCGAGGUGGACAGGGAGAAGCUGCUGGCCAAUGCGUCACAACAGAUGGCAGACAUCAGUCGUUUAAAGGAACAAUUAAAUGAACUACGUCAAGAAGUCCUGCGACAGGAGGAUCAGCUGCAUGAGUACAAGAACAAUUACACCUCGCUUCAGAAAGCAUUGAAGGAAGAGAGUCAACAGUGUACAAAACGGCUGGAAGAUCAGAAGCGUGAAUAUGAAGAGAGCAUUAAGAAACUCCAGCUGGCAAGCAAGGAUAAGGUGGAAAAGGAACUAUCCAAAAACCAACUUGCAGGAGGGGAAGAAAAGUCUGAGAAUAAGGUAAAUGCGGCAGACACUGACGUAAAAGACGUAAAUGAAGAAGACCCCGGUAACCGAGUGCAUUAUGAUAAAGGUAAGCUUUUUGGACUCUGGAGGCUUCUAAGGUUAUUGCCAGAGAUAGAAGACAGUGAGCCAGCAAAACCAAACCUUGUCCCGACUGUAGUGAAGAAGGUGGAAAUUGUUGCUCUUCCACAAGAAGUUGGGGAGUCUGAGAAACAACCUUCCUUGCAGCCCGAUUCCAUAACUAAUGCUCAUGUUAUAUACCUUCCUCCUGGAGUCAAUAAAGAGCCGGAUUCUCCAUUAGAAGACAAUGCCCUACGUUUGGGUCAGCUACCUGGGAAACCACUCCCCAAAGAGCCGAAGUCUAUGAUCUUUCCUAACUUAAAGCAAAGUCGGUUUUUUGAUGAGAAUGAGUCCCCUGUAGAUCCUCAACAUGGUUCUAAAGUGGCAGAUUAUAACGGGGAUGAUGGGAACGUGGGUGAGUACGAGGCAGACAAGCAGGCAGAGCUGGCUUACAAUGAGGAAGAGGAUGGUGAUGGGGGAGAAGAAGAUGUACAAGAAGAUGAUGAAAAUGAUGGUCAAGGGGAUGCAGCAGAAUAUAGAAAAGACCACUUUGGUGAGACCCUGUAACCUGUGACCUGGACAGAAAAAUGAAAUGGAUCAAACGUGCCAAGCGCCAGGGCUUACUUGUACUGUAAGAGAAGGCCCUAAAGACCAGUAAUGGGUCUCAUACACACACUGGUGCAGGGGAGGUUCAGGACUGUCAAUCAGCUGCUUGCCCCCUUAUGUUUUGAUGGAGAAGCCCGUUAACAUUGCUCAAAAAA